AUGGCGGCCAAUGAUACUGAAAGCUCUAUUCCUUUGCAAGACAACAGCGGUUAUUCGACAUCUUCCAGCGUUGGACUGCCCGCAUCUAUCGAAUUGGCAUUUGACCAGACGAGACCUUCAAGAUUCGAUGCGUUUGUCAAUCCGAACCUUCUGAACAUCCCAGAUCUCUUCGGGGAACUCAGUCUACCUCCCUUCGGUGAAGAUAUGUUAGACAAUGUAUCUCAGGGCAACAGUCAUGCCGCAUUUGAGAGUAUGGCGGUAGAUGAUCAGAUAAUGUCGAAUCCGGACUGGCUAUCGCCUAUUCCAAGAUCUAACGAGAUAGGCACUUCAGGGCUGCCAUUAUACGAAUUUCCUCCCUCUCUCAAUAUAAACAGGACGGAAGUCACGACCGAGGCCACCCACAGGCCAAAGCAUCAUCAAUUCGCGUUGGAGGUACCCCCGCAGCUGGUCAACGAGCUGGUCGAAAUAUACUUUGACAAAGUUCAAAGCUUCCUCCCCUUAUUCCACAAGCAUCGGUUCGUGGAAACUUAUCUUUCCACUAAUUCACAGAUUAAUCGACGUUACGAUACGCUCUCUGGGGAGACCGCCCUUAUUCUGCAUGGAAUGCUUGCACUUUCUGCGCGCUUUUCCUCUUCUCCAAAAUUCGACGGAAUUCUACCUGCGCAGCGAGGAGAGCCAUUCGGGCGCAGAGCGAAAGCAAUUUACGAUCAUUCAAUUCAUACGCUUCAGCAACCUACGGUUAGGUAUUUGCAAGGCUGUAUCCUCCUCGCAUUCUACCUGUAUUCAUCAGGCCCUGAUUCUCAAGGAUGGCUAGUUAUUGGAAUGUGCUCCCGGCUGGCAUACGACCUCGGGUUAAACAAGGUCGACGAAACCAAUCUCAAUGAGCAGCAAUCCCAGGACGCCUGUAAAAGAGAAUGGAGCAUGCGAGAAGAACUCCGACGUGCUUGGUGGUGUGUCUGGGAGCUGGAUGCGUUUGCUUCGGGAGUUGCUUGUCGUCCACCUACCAUUGACAUGACAAGGUUCCAGGUAUUGCUCCCAGUCUCGGACGAAGCCUGGUUUGCAGACUGUCCAGUGCAAUCGGUCACAGUCGACCCAGACCCGCUUCAUGCAUGGUGCACGCUGCGAGACUGUCAGAAUCAAGACGAAAGAGCUUGGUUCCUGGUGAUCAACUUCGUCAUGGUUCUAGCCCACGGAUUAUUACUACAACAGAAGAAGCCCGAUCCUCAGCAGAUCCGCGAUAUUGAAACCGCGGUCGCAUGUUAUGGAUUGAUUUUGCCUCCUCAGUUCCACCUGGGAUCUGGUUCCAUCUUAUUUAAUCCUCAGAGUUUUCGAAAGAGCAACUGGAUCAUUUUGACAAAUUUGAUGUUGCAGACAUGCCGAACCUUCAUCCAAUUACUUAGCGAGGACAAAACUUCCGCUACACUCUCGCAUUCUGCGAACCGUUUAUUUGCCUCUCUUGCAGCCGACUCUCGAAUUUCUGCUUACAAGAUGGAUUAUCGUCCCUACGCUGAGGAUAUCUUUCGAGCUAUACGCAUCUGGUCCCCUGAACACAUUCCGUGUAACUCCCCAUUCAUUGGCGGCCUUAUCAUCGGACCGGCAGCAAUUCAUUUAAGAGUCGCAAAAACCCUCAGGAAAGGGACUAAUACAGACCGCCACACUCCUGCUAUAGAGGCCGAAAUGCUCAGGCUUGCGCUAACACAGAUGGCCCGGUACUGGAAGAUGGGUUCUGCAAUAUUGGGUGAGAAGUUCCUUUGGACAUUUCUAAGUGCUCAGAUAACCAACAUCUCUAUUCAGAUCUUGCGAACCUGGUGGCUGAAUCUUGAUCCGUAG